AUGAGCCAGUACGUCCCGAAUCACGAUUAUCACGAGUGGGCUAGCAACUCCUCUCGCCGUGAGAGCACGGUCUCAACCUCCACCGUGUCGUCCGCCUCGACCAGUAUACUAUUCCAGACCCCCUCGACCUCCCCCGGGUCCAACUCGCGCAAGCAGUCAUGGCAGUUGUAUGACGAUGUAGUGCGGCUCGAGUUGAACCCCUCCAUCACCGUAUCGUUCGUGAAAAGUGGCCAGCUUUUCAAGUUACGCUACACGUUCAUCGACCUGUGCAAAGACUCCACGGGGGCAUUGAAAUGCCUCGAGCUCGGGGGAGGACUGGGUCAACAAGCACCUUUCGUUCAUGCGUUUCACAACACCAAACUCCCCGUCCCACAUCUUGAACACCCCAAAGACAGUUCCGACUAUCCCCUUCGCAUUACUUUUCUCGAGCAACAAACGAUCCAAGCCGCUCACGUAGUUUUCAUGACACAGCUGUCCUAUAAAUUUGAAAACUGGGAGGAUUGUGUACAAUUCCAAGAACUACUCCUAUGUUCCAAAAUGAUCUUUAUCGGAGGCAUGGCCGAAGCCAAAUCCAAAGGUCGCGGCGAGGAGUGCAUCAGCCAGAACCUGCGAAUACUUCGCGGACAUAACGGCAAACGCGUCAUGCUGUUUUUCGCCAAUUCACAGCGAGGAGGACUCAAGCGAUACGUGUCCAUACCCCUCAGUUGCGUCGCAAACGUUAAGCCUCCGAAAAAGCCCGGGCGACCCGUGGUGGUGGAACUUAAUCCGAAUUUCGAAAUCUUAUCACAAAUGCGAAAUAUAACGAUCCAGUUUCUCGACAAUAAUGGUCAGUGCCCCGUCAAACCUAGAGAAGUGGACAACUCGCUUAUUGUGACCAGAUUGCCAGGACUUUGUCCGGCUGCUGUCGACGGAUCUUACGAUUGGAUGAACGCGGGGGCCAGGGAGGUGGGGGGAUUGUAA